AUGUUCAAAAUAACUCUCUCCCCAGCUGAAAGAUCAUAUCUUCACGAAUCGUUGUCAUGUUUGUCACCAAUAAGACCUGAUGCUCGACUCAACAAACAGUUUCGUCCUUUGGAAGCUACUUGUUCCUUCUUACCAGGGUCAAAUGGUAGCGCUAGGAUACGAAUGGCUGACGGUGCCGAAUGUUUAGCUAGUGUCAAAGCAAAGGUAGUCAGUUUGCAGCUGAACAACGCAAACUCUGCGCAGCACCUCAAGAAUCUGAUUGAAGUAGAUCUUGAUAUAAAUGGAAUACGGGACGACUCGAACUUAAGCUCCACUAUCGCUUCAUCUUUGAAGGGUUCACUGGUCAAACACAUCCCGCUGGAAAAAUUAAGGUUGACCCAUAGAUAUGCAUUUAAAUUAUUCAUAGACAUUGUGGUAUUAUCUCAUAGCUCUGUCUAUCCGCUAACUCUUCUUUCUUUAGCAACUUAUAUGGCUUUGAAAUCUACAAAGUUGCCGCUAUUAACAUCCACGGUCAAUGAUAGAGAUAUUGAGGAACAACCUAUGUUCUCAGAUGACUGGGAAUCAUCCCUAGCAUUAUUUGGUGACAGCUCGUUGAGUCCUCCUUUGCUAUUUGUUGUUGCGGUUGUGAAAGAUAAUAUCUUUAUUGAUCCAUCUCCAGAGGAGGAGUCAGUUAGCGAGAAUGGAAUAUGCCUAACUUACGCUAACGGAAAGAUAAUUUCUCCACUGCAAACCAUCUCACUUUCCCCAAAGGAUAACACAGGAAUAAACUCAGCACAAAUACUAAAAGCCCACGCUUUGGUCAAAGAAAUUGGCCCAUUAGUAGUUAAGUCUUUGGAUGAAAUUGUUUCGGAUGACUCCAUUAAGACAAUCUUUUAA